AUGGAUACCAAGGACUGCUCAACAACUAGUUCUUCUUCAACCCCAUGCCAAGGCUGCUCUAGGAUUACAAAUUUUAGGAUCAUCUCCUCCAAUACCAGCUGCCAACAACUUGAAACCAACAAAUGCCAACCAACUGGCCAUGUUCUGAGAACUUUCCAGUCCCAGGGAUGCCAACCCACUCCUUGCUUUUGCCCUAUGCCCAUCUGCUUAGUAAACAACGUCGAUUGUGGCUGGUGUGGUGAAGGCAUCAACAGCCAUGAGAAAGAGACCAUGCAAAUCCUGAAUGACCGCCUUGCUAACUACCUGGAAAAGGUGCGGAUGCUGGAACAAGAGAACGCAGAACUGGAGUGUAAAAUCCAGGAAGAGUGUAACAAAGAGCUCCCUGUCAUAUGUCCUGAUUACCUGUCCUACUUUUCUACCAUCAAGGAACUCCAGCAGAAGAUCUUGUGUACCAAGGCUGAGAAUUCCAGACUGGUCUCACAAAUUGACAACACCAAACUGGCUGCUGAUGACUUGAGAGCCAAGUAUGAAGCUGAGGUGUCCCUGCGCCAGCUAGUGGAGGCAGAUGCCAAUGGUCUACAGCGGAUCCUGAAUGCACUGACCCUGGGCAAAGCUGACCUGGAGGCACGAGUCCAGUCUCUGAAGGAGGAGCUCCUUUGCCUCAAAAGCGACCAUGAGAAGGAAACCAAUUCCUUACAGAGCCAGCUUGGGGACCGACUCAACAUUGAAGUGACUGCUGCCCCCUCUGUUGACCUAAAUCGGGUUCUACAAGAAAUGAGAUGUCAAUAUGAGUCUAUCAUGGAGACAAACCGCAGAGAUGUGGAACAGUGGUUCAACACGCAGAUGGAGGAGCUGAACCAGCAGGUGGAGACCAGCUCUCAACAGCAGCAGUGCUGCCAGAAGGAGAUCAUCGAGCUGAGACGAACCAUGAAUGCUCUGGAGGUGGAGCGGCAGGCCCAGCACCGAAUGAGAGACUCCCAGGAGUGCCUGCUGGCGGAGACGGAGGCCCGCUACACAGCCCUGCUGGCCCAGAUGCAGUGUCUGAUCGAUAACCUCGAGGCUCAGCUGGCGGAGAUCCGAUGUGCCCUGGAGAGGCAGAACCAAGAAUACGAGAUUCUGCUGGACGUCAAGUCCCAGCUGGAGUGUGAGAUUGCCACCUACCGCAGCCUGCUGGAGAGCUCAGACAGCAAGCUUUCCUGCAACCCGUGUGCCACUAUAUGUGAGCCUUCAGUCUGCACAGCCAUGGAAUGCACAGCCCCAGUUUACACAUCAUCUUCAGCUCUCCAUGGGAUACCCGAGCCCAGCUGCGCCUACAGAGACCUACCCCGACUACUGGCUAAAAUCUUGACCAUCACCAAGGAGAUUAAGGAUGGGAAAGUCAUUUCUUCGCAUGAGCAUGUGCAGCCUUGCUUCAUCAUCAGAGCUGCCAAAGUCUAACAUCCCAAGGUGAUGAAAGUGGCCCUCAUUCAUGGAAGAGAGGCCAAUUCUUGCGCCUUCCAGAAAGGUUUAAGAAUUCCCCAGUCCCCUCAGGUAUUUAGUUUCUUUCUACUACAGUGGGUCCCCAUUGACAUUCUGCUCCUGUCCCAGCUCUCUGCGGCCAACGUGAUAAAAACUGACAUUCUCUGGAAGCACAUUUCACAUUAAUCUGAGGAACAAGCACUGAUUUGUAAGUGCCCUGGAAGGUGACCUACAUUACAGCCCACAAGUGAUGGGCAGGUUUCUCUUUUGUUUAUUCAGGUCUUAUUUACUUGCGUUCCUCCUUAGAGCCAGUCAGACAAGUUCUGGGAUUGUUUUUGGCUGUGGCACAUGAAGGUGAAAAGCUACCACCUUCCCUUCUAAACUCCCUCUUUGGAUAUAGAAAGAAGCUUCUAUGGGGACAGCAUGAAUAGAGACAAAGAUCCUUAAUAUUUAGUUUCCUUGAAUAGAUUGUCAUGAGUCUAAAUCCUUCUGAACUCUGUUGUCCUAAUUACUGUUUACCCAUGCGUACAUACUUUAUCUUCCCCAAGAUGUUUUAAAAACGUCCAUGUUCUCCAAAACUUUGGGAACCAUUAGGCUCUCCAAAUAUUUUCACUGAAAAUUGGGAAGAAUUAUGGGGAGUGGAUCGAGAGCAUUUUGAAGAAAUAGCAUGGAUCCUCUCAUUAAAUGUUUGCUAUUUCUCUUUCUAUUCUUUAGGGAAUGGGAUUUGGUUCUGAUGGUUUUACAAGGGACAUGUAGCUGGAACGCUCAAGACAUAACCCUGCUCCUCUGUCUCCCUGUGAUGGGUCACUAUGGAAAAAUAACUUAGAUGCCUGCUUCAGUCUAUCCACCAGAGAGAAUGGACUUAAUAUUCACAAACUCUGCAAGAAAGUAAUCAGGAAUACUUGCUCUUGCAAGCAUGAGGCAGUCCCAGAGUGAGAAGGUCCAUUUAUGUCCCCAGCCCUUACCAAAGCUUCUCAUAGUCGGGUCACAGAGCGUGUAGGUCAUUCCCUAUGAAAGUUACUUGACAUUUCCAGAGGUUUUAGUAAAUAAUUCUGAGUCAAACACAGAACAGGAAGCCAGAAAUCCUGAAGUCCUAAACUUGCCACUUCGGCCUUCAUCCAAUUUAAUUUCCUUGUUUGUUAAAUGAGGAUCGUGCCUACCUUACACGGAUAUUGUGAAGAUCAAAUGAAACUGUUUAUGCAAUGCUGCUCUGUAUGCUGGAAAGCACUACAUAAUUGUCAGUUUUAUAUAAGCUUUGU